CCAAAUGCACCGCCUCCUAUAAUAGACUCUUUUAUCGUGAAUACUUUUUGUGUGUAACAGUUUUAUUAUUUUGUAUUCUUUCAAGUUUUUGCGUGCGCUGUUGUAAUUCAAUGGAAAAUAUUUUCGUUUGAUCUCAGUUAAAAAACCAGUUGAAAAUGUUUUUAUUCAAAAGAAGGGUCAGCGAUAACCAGGAUUCUUUGUCUGCUGGGCCAUCGAUAAAAAGCUGGUAUAAUGACUUUAUGGAAAAAGUCAGCGGACUCGGGCGAGCAGCAACAGGUGCAGUGAUCUCGAAAAGGAACGUCGACGAUGACACCCCCGAGAUCGGGGGCGUGGCCUCGACUGAAAACGAAUCGGCAACGACGACGACGGCAGCGGCGGCGGCAGCCGCAGCACCGGAAACCGGAAACGUCACGACUGGUAGUAGUGGCAACGGCGGCAACAGCAGCAACGCAGAGCCUCCAGCCGGCUCGAGUACCGCGGAAUCAGGCCCGAGCGCCAGUCCAAGUCAGAAGUCAGAAGAAGCAGUCGACGGCGACACGCCCGACAUACCGAACGUGGUAGAGUAUCAUCUGAAAGUGACGCCGCGCAAUAACAACAAUAGCAAGAAAUCUGCAGAAAAGCAAGUGCAAGUGCACGAGUCUACUGAUACUUCCUCCUCGCUAGCCGGAAAUAAUAUGACUCUAGGAAACGGUAACGGCACGAUGAAAGACAAACCAACGAUCACAGAGGAGCAGCGCAAAGAAUUAACGUUGCGCCUGUCGAAGCUCUCGAUCGAUAGUAAUGUUUUCGAGGGCUCCAGCGAUUUGCCUCAAGUUUUCCAGGUCAAAUAUUUAGGGUCACACGACGCCCGAGGACUCUGGGGCAUCAGACACACGAGAAAACCAACAGACAAUAUGGUAGCAGCGGCCAAAGCUCUUCCGAGCGGCACCAUUCUUCCGUUCCAAAAGCUCGUCGUCAGCGAAGAUGGUAUUGGCCUGCUGCCAUUUGGUCAGCGUGGAAAAUCAGAGAGCAAGAUCUAUCCGAUCGAAACUAUAUCGUAUGGAGUUCAAGACCUCGUUUACACACGUGUUUUUUCGAUGAUACUCGUGCGAGAAACCGACAACUUCCGAAGGCUGACUCCGUUCGAAUGUCACGCGUUUGUCUGCGAAUCCAAGCACCAUGCACGCCAGAUCACCUAUGCUCUUGGAGCAGCCUUUAAAAUUUAUUCGCAAUACGUUAAGGAACGGUCGGACGAAUCGGAAACUAAAAAUCGGAGUAGAGAAUUCGCAUUAGAACUCAGAAAUCCUAAUGAAGUUCAAAUUGAUGAUACUUUGAAGGUUGAUCGAUAAUAUUAAAAAUAUUAUCAAUCAUAGUUUAUUGAUGAUACAUACGAUUCAUAUAAUUUAGUGAUUAUAUGUUCAAAAAGUGAAUAUUUAUUUUGGUGUUUAUAGUUUGUUGUUUUUUUAACUAAAUUAACAAAGUAGAAAUUAUGUCAAAGUGUAUAAUACAUGUAUUAUAAUUUAAAUACUUUAAAAAUAGCUUGUAUAUUUAUCAAGGAUAAGGAUUCUUUUCAACAUUUUCUUUACGCCGAAAAAAAUUUGUCUACUGCAUCAAGAACGUCACAUUUUAUUCUGACUUUCAUGUUGCAUAAUUCACAUUCACAUUCUGCAUGUUUUAAGGCAUUUUUUUCAUGAGACGUAAGUUGUUGAUUAUCAUGUUUCAUACAAGGCAGUUCUCUGUAUUAAACGAAUUUUUUUCAAAGGUUCAAUGAAAUUUUCCAAGCCUUGAGUAUAGUUAGAAUGAGAACAAGCGAAAUAUAUAAAAUUACUUAUAAAAAUAAUUUUAAAAAUUAACUUCUCCUCUAUCAAAAAAUGUGCAAUACGGAUGAAUUCUCGUUUUUUUUAUUAUAAAUCUAAUUUUAUAAACGUAUCCUUUUUGUUAAUUACGAUGUAACAAUUUGUAUUACACGGCAAAAUGUUCAAUUGUAAAAAAUGAGUUUAAAAGAGUAUAACAGUAUAACGCAUAAUUUCAAUUCGUCGAAUGAUUUGUCUUGACAAACUUAAAACUCAAAACAGCCUGUUGAAUGCAUAUGCAGCUGUUGAAGAUGGCUAGCUAUCCAAAGAGUCUCUUUUUAAAGUAUCAAGUAAAUUUUGACUUGCUAUAAUUCUUAUGCACAAAUUUUGGGUGUUGAUUGUCUUUAUUAUUGCACAAAUUCAUACAUCGAUUCAUACAAAUUUUUGUGACCGUAUGUUUACUGUAUUUAAGUAGUUUCAAUAAUAUUAAGGAUUAAGCCAGUACUUUUUUAAUUUUAGA